AUGGCGCCGUCAACCCUGAAUUUGCUUGCUUACGGAGCAGGUGCGUUGCUCUUGUAUUGGGUUGCACUAGCUAUAUACCGCUUGUACCUGAGUCCGAUCGCAAAGUUUCCUGGUCCUAGAUUGGCCGCACUCACCUUAUGGUACGAGUUCUAUCACGAUGUGGUACGCGGCGGUCAAUAUUGCUUCAAAAUCAAUGAACUUCACGAUCAAUACGGGCCAAUAAUCAGGAUCAAUCCAUAUGAACUUCAUGUCCGCGACCCAGACUUUUACGAUGUACUCUACAGUGGUCCAGGACAGAAACGCGACAAGUGGUGGUGGGCGGUAGAAAUGUUUGGGAACAGUUCUUCCAUGUUUGGAACCAUUUCUCACGACCAACAUCGGCUUCGACGAGGGGCAUUGAACCCUUUCUUCUCCAAGCAAGCCAUAACUCGAAUGGAGCCAUUGAUACGUGACCUCCUCGAAAAACUUUGCGCACGAUUUGAGAAAUUCCGCGAAACCGGGGAGCCUGUUGAUACACUCCAUGCUUUUGCUGCAUUGACGACGGAUAUAAUUACCAUGUAUUCCUUCAACACUUCUUAUGGCUGUUUAGAAGACCCUGAAUGGAACUGGACAUGGCCACAAGCAAUGGUCGAAAGUACAGCCAGCGUGCAUUUGAACAAACAAUUUAAAUGGCUAUUUCCUGCGAUGCAAGCUACCCCUGUAUGGAUUGUCGAAAAGGUGAAUCCACCGGUAAUGAAGAUCAUCAAUUUUCAGAAGGACUUGGCACGACAAAUCAGUGCCUUGAAGAACAACAACAACGAAGCAGCAGCAAAUCAAGGGAAAGAGAAAUCUUCACAUCGAACGAUCUUUCACGAGCUCCUGAAUGGAGAUCUCCCUGCCAAAGAGAAAUCCAUUCCCCGUCUUGUCGACGAGGGUCAGACCAUGAUCGCAGCAGGCCAAGAGACAUCAUCGUUCUUCCUCAAAACCACGACCUACCAUAUCAUCGCGAAUCCAGAGAUCUAUUCCACUCUCAAGGCGGAGCUGAAGAAAGCCAUCCCCAAUCCCAACUCCGUUCCACCCCUGGCACAGCUGGAAGCACUUCCGUACCUCCACGCCGUGGUUCAGGAAGGCCACCGUUUCUCGCACGGAGUAGUAGGGCGUCUCGAACGGAUUUCGCCCAACGACCCCAUCCCCUACCAGAACUGGGUCAUCCCCGCCGGAACACCCGUGUCCAUGACCUCUCUGAUCCAGCACCGCGACCCCGUCAAGUUUCCCGACCCCAUGAAAUUCAACCCAGACCGCUGGCUGGUCUCCGGUUCCGAGAAGAGCGAGAAAUACCUUGUCCCCUUCAGCAGGGGCACACGUCAAUGCAUGGGGAUCAACCUGGCCACGGCAGAGAUCUACCUGACAUUGGCGACGGUUUUUCGAAGAUUCGACCUCGAGCUGUUCGAGACAACGGCCAGAGAUGCAGAGAUUGCGCACGACUUCUUCAUUCCGCAUGGUCAUGCUGAUUCCAAGGGCGUCAGGGUCGUGUUCAAGUGA